GUUUGGCAACUUUAGAAUAAAACGUGUGGCAACUACCAUCUAAAAAUCGUAAAAUAAAGCCCCUUUUGUAUCCGCCUUUUUCCGGUUGGCCUUAAAACUUGUUUCGCCAUGAGGACCAUUAACUCCAAUCAGUGCGUUAAGAUCCCAAAGGAUAUCAAAGCAUCUGUGCGUGCUCGAGUUGUGACAAUUACUGGUCCAAGAGGAGUGUUAAAACGCAGCUUCAAACAUUUGGCAUUGGAUAUGUACAUGGUGAACAAACGCACACUUAAAGUUGAGAAAUGGUUUGGAGCUAAAAAAGAAUUGGCAGCUGUUCGUACUGUUUGCAGUCACAUCGAAAAUAUGAUCAAGGGGGUGACUGUUGGCUUUCAAUAUAAAAUGCGAGCAGUGUACGCCCAUUUCCCCAUAAAUUGCGUUACAUCGGAAGGUAACACUGUUAUUGAAAUACGCAACUUUUUGGGUGAAAAAUAUAUUCGUCGUGUUCAAAUGGCUCCUGGUGUAACUGUUGUCAACUCGACGGCACAAAAAGAUGAACUUAUUGUCGAAGGUAACGACAUCGAAGCAGUUUCUGGAUCUGCAGCUCUUAUUCAACAAUCAACCACAGUAAAGAACAAGGAUAUCCGUAAGUUCUUGGAUGGUUUGUACGUUUCCGAGAAGACGACCGUCGUCAAAGAAGAGUCGUAGAUCACAUUUUGUUAAUAAAAAGGAAAUGAAAAUAAUUGUAAA